ACAGCAGGAAACCCACAGAGCAGCUCCUGCCUGAGUCCAGUGUUCCGGUGGAGGGUCAAAAGGCAGAGCCAUGUCUUGCAAAAGCAGCAGUUGCUCUUUGUGUUUAGCAGGUGCACAUCAUGCUGUGUGAAGGCUCAAAGCCCCAGGCUGCUCCACCCGUGGGUGGGUCCUGCUGAGAACACUGUGGGUCCAGUGCUAUGUCCCUGGGGUUCACUUUUCUGCUGGGACUUGUGUUUUGUCUGGAACAAAGGAUUUGGGCAAAAAAUGGAUUAUUACCCCAGCCCUCCAUCUGGGCACUGCCCGGGACUGUGAUUCCCCAGGGCAGUUCUGUGACCAUCCACUGCAGGGGACCUCCAGGAGUAGUCAGAUGGCAGCUACUUAGAAUAGGAACUUUCAUCUCACGGUACGACAGAACCUCAGAUGGAUCCCAGGGAGUUUCCACGUUUUCCAUCCAGUCUGUGACAUACAUCAAUGCAGGAAGUUACUACUGUAUAUACUGGAAGAAAGGAGUCUGGUCAGGACGCAGUGACCCAUUGGAUCUGGUGGUGACAGGCGUAUACAAGGACACACCCUCCCUGACUGCUCUUCCAGACCCCAAUGUGACCUCAGGAGAGAAUGUGACACUCCUUUGUGAAACAUCUCAGUACUAUGAAAUCUUUAAUUUGACUAAAGAUGGAAGGAAUGUCUCUCCUCAGGAUUUUUUACGUCAGGACCAUAACACCUUCCUGAUCUCUCCUGUGACCCUUGCCCAUGGGGGUAUCUAUAGAUGCUAUGGUUCUUCUAAAAUCUACCCUCACAGCUGGUCACUGCCUAGCAACCCUGUUAAGCUUUUGGUUACAGAUCCACCUGCUCCUGGAAAUGGACACCUUCCCAUUGUGACUGGGAUCUUGGCCAUCGUUGUCUUACUUCUUCUCUUCCUCCUCUUUCUCUUCUACCAAUGUUGGCAUCGGGUCAAACACGGGAACAUUGAUUGUGAGACCGAGAACCAGGUGAAGUAUAAGAGCUCCUUCCCAGUCAUGGAUUUCCAGGAAGAAAAUCAAUAUGAUGUCUUAGACGACAUCCAGCCUGAGAAGGACAGACAGAUGGCUAUGCAGGUCCCCAUAGUGGAAGACUCUCAGGAGGUGACCUAUGCUCAGCUACACCAGGAAACCCUUAGGGGGAACGUGGACACGCUACUCUCCCACACCCAUGAGGAUUCCUCUGGCCAGCCCUGUGUGUAUGCCACCCUCAACUUGUCCUGAGUUUAGAGCCAGGACUGGCUGUGUAGACUCCAGUGUUCAAGUGCUCCUUAAAGAAGGUCAGCUCCAUGGGGUGUCCUACUCAUGUUCCUCAACAUCAGCCAUCACCUUGGAGCUCCCCAAGGACUUAAGACUGGAGUCAACUUGUCAACUGUCAAGAAAUUCUGGGUCCCAUCAAAUAUCUCUCAACAGAUUCCUGGUCCCUUGUAUAUUUACCCAUUCAGUUGCCUAUUCAAGAUAUGUUUACAAAAGUCAACUCUUUCUUUGGAUCUGUGAUGGGGAUAUACAUAUUAUGAAGAUAUAGUUUUUAGUCUCAAGGACUCAUGAUUUACUGAGUGAGGCAAGCCCAUGAUCUGACCCUUGGAAAGCAAAGGGGGUGACCCACUGGAACAGGUGUAAGGAUGCUUUGGGUCACUGAGCAGACACAAUGUCUAGGAAUGUUUAAAGAGCGCUCAUUGGUAUAAAAUACAAGGAGAAGUCAAGAAAUAAGAGUCAGUUUGGGCACAGAGGACAUUCCUAAUGGCAUUUUGGUACAAUGUUCUAGGUGUUGCUGAGAGUUGAAGCCUUCAAAGUACUGAAACUGAAUAAGGAAGCUUCUUUGUGAGGGAACCAAGUUGCAACCAAUUUGGCCACAGGAUGGGUGGGUUCCUCCUGGGGAGGGGAAUGGUGUAGAGGGCAUUUGGAGGGGGGAUUUAUGGUUUCCACCUGAUUUUGAUGAAUUCCUCUUUUUCAGUUAUGCAAUUAAAAUAAAUAGGACAUAGUUUUUAAAAAGAUGUGAAUGAGAAGGAGAGGCCCUGACGCUGGUAUGAACAAUAACUUUUUCAGUAACUUUUGACAAAAGGAAGUAAAGUAGAAA